CUGGCGAGCUCCGCAGCUCAGUCUGCGUUACAAACUUGAACCUGAAAGAUCAAUAAGAGAAACGGUGUCUCCACAUAAAAUGUUUGUGUCUGUGUCGGUUUUGCUUCUCUCUUGAGUGCCAGUGAACUUAGUCCAAGUGAUCAUAAGCGAAUUGAAAGUAAACGAUUUAUUUUUAUACAAAACAUACAAACAUAGCUCGCUGCUACCUACAUAACGUAUACGUACCACACAUACAUACAUAUAUUGUUAUAUUUUUAUAUUGACUGUGCCUUGUUGCGUUUACUAUUUGCAAUUGUUGCUGGCUACGCGGAAGUGUCAGCUGUAUUUAACAAAUAUUAUAUAGCAGCUAAAAUAAAUAAACAUUUAAUACAAACACCAAACAACAAGCAAGCAAACAAACAAACAUGCGGACAGCCCUGAGAGUUAGAACAAUGCUGUGCAUUUUGACAGUAUUCAAUGUCUGCGCAAACGAAGCACACGCUCAAUCGUAUCUGUUUACCCUGGAGAACGUGCUCACCCAACAUCCGCGCAACUAUAAUCUAACCGACGUGCACAACGGUACCCUGGAAGGAGAACUAUUUGCCGAAGCUGUGGAUAACAACAAUACAAGAAUAUUUCUUUAUAAAAAUACUGCUGUAGACUCCAACAACGAAUUAUCACAAACUGCCAUGGAUGUUAUCACCAUCAUUUGGUAUGUGGCUACAUUUUUGGCGCUGGCCGCUUUUUUUAUGCUGAUGGCCUGCUCGGAUCGUCGCUGUCGCAAUUUGCGCAGUCGCCAGGCAAACGCCACCCCUGCGGAUACGCAACGCGCACCGCCCACACCGUCGCCAUCGUACAGCGAAUUUGCGCCGCCCAGCUAUGAUACGGUCAUCAAAAUGCAACAUGCAGCCAAGACCAGUGUCUUUGUCAUACCCUUCAAUGGCGAUGGCAGCAAGAACACUGAUAGCGCCACGCCCACAACACCAGCUGCGCCCAGCCCCUGCACUGUGUACUCUAUCGACGAGCAGAAAGCCAACAAAUAAUUCGGGGCUUAAUAUUUUUAUUGGCUAAAAAUCUCUGUGAUAAUUUGCUGUGCUUUUGGGCACCUGUCGCUCAUAAACAAAUGGCGUACGUCAACUUUGUUGCACAGUGUAUUGUGUAAUUGUAAAUGCUUUAGUUUGUAAGCCCUGUAUUUAACUGAUAUGUCAAUAAGUUGCAGCUCGCUGCAUUAGUAAUGUUUUAGAAGACUGAAAGAUUGUAUACUUAUGUAAGCAAAUAGACCUUUGUGCAAAUUUAGUUAGUAAAUGUGCAUUUUAUUUGCCUAUUAAAUGUAAAUGUAUUAAAAUGUAGUAUUUUUGAAUUAAAACAGUCGCUCGUAUAUUAAUUCGAAGUUUAACUAGCUGGCAACUCUAUUAGCGGUUAUGGUUUGGUGUAUUUGCUAAGUUAGCCGUGACACAGUUGGCGGUAAAAUUCAAAAAUUAUAUUUUUUGCUUAAACGUGAAUUUGCUGCGAUGCGCUUGUCAAAGUGUAUAAAAUUUAAUUAAUAUGUUUUGCAUAUGUUC